AUGGUGACAGGAAAGAACCAAGACCUUGAAGAUGAUCCUUUGAGCGCGGAAGAAGAUGUCAUGGACAGCGAGGAUGAAAUUGUACCUGAAACAGAAAAAAUAGAUGAAGGAAUGGAAGAAUCCAAUAGAGAGAAUAGCAAGUCAGAAAUAACAGUAGAAAACAUGGGACAAGGGCUCUACAACAUUGUCAUCAAUGAGGAAGCUAAAAAGGAACUAUGGAAGCCUUGGUGGAGAUCUCUCAUAGUCAAGAUAAUGGGAAGGAAAGUAGGCUAUGUAACCAUGAAGAGAAGAAUAGAAAACAUGUGGGGAAGAUUAGGGGAACUGGAUGUGAUUGACUUGGGAAACGAUUAUUACCUUGUGAAAUUCUAUGCUCAAGAGGACUUGGAUGCUGCCUUGGUGGAUGGACCAUGGAAAAUUUAUGAUCACUAUUUGACAGUGAGAUUGUGGGAGCCGAAUUUCAACCUCUUUACAACCACAAUUGAUAAGAUCACAGCUUGGAUUCGUUUACCAGGAUUACCUAUAGAGUUAUAUAAUGAGAAAAUUCUAAGAAAAAUCGGUGACUUAAUUGAAAGGACUUGCAAAAUUGAUUACAACACCUCCCAUUUAUGCAGAGGAAAAUUCGUGAGACUUUGUGUCGAGAUUGAUCUAACCAAGCCGCUGCUAGGAAGAUAUAUGGUAAAUGAAAACGUCUACCAAGUGGAAUACGAUGGCAUUCACCAAAUAUGUUUCACUUGCAGCAAAGCGGACCAUGAACAAAAGCAUUGUGCCAUUUGGAGGGAAAAAAUGAGAAAGACCAUGAGAAACAAGCUGAGAAUACUGAAACUAGAGGACAACAACAACAAGGAGUUACAACAAGAGUAG